AUGCGUGCGCUUACGUUUCGAAGCUCUUUGUGCGCCGGAAGGACGGCUGUUGGUGCCAUGUGUUUCGGUCGACUUUGGGCUUCAAGUACUUCAGCCACCGAAGGCAGCGAGAAACAGAACGUGACAGAAGAUUCCGAGACAGUCUCUGUUGCUCCAGUCUCCCCUGAGGCAUAUGCGAAGCUCGAGAAGGAGCUGUCUGAUGCCAAAGAGCGUAUCGCCGAAUUAAAAAAGGAAGUGCUCUAUCGUGCUGCUGACGCUGAAAAUGCUCGACGUAUCGGAAGCGAGGAUGUUACAAAAGCGAAGGCGUACGGGAUCACUUCGUUUGGAAAGGAUAUGUUGGAUGUUGUGGAUACGCUUGAGAGAGGUUUGGAGGCAAUCACGAAGCUGCCUCAAGCAGAAGUGGAAGGUCACAAAACCCUUUCUUCUAUUCACACAGGAAUAAAGUUGUCAUUGAAGCUUUUGCUUAAUAACUUAGCAAAACACGGGAUUGAGAAAUUGGAUGUUGCCGUGGGCGCUAAAUUUGAUCCGAACUUUCAUGACGCACUUCUUAAAGUGCCACCCACUGCAGAGGCACCCCCUGGUCACAUAUCAACAGUUCUAAAAACAGGUUACAAGAUUCAAGACCGCGUUCUGCGUGCUUCUCAAGUUGGAGUAGCUUCGGAUGAUUAG